AUGAGUGACGGUGACGUCCUGAUGAUUGCGCUUGUCCUGCUGCUGGCCACCGUGGCUGUCUGCUGGGCCCUUGGCCACUGGCAACCACGGAGGCGGCAGACAGGGUCACCAAAGCGCAGGAAGCGCCCCGCAGUGCGCUCCAGAGGCUCCCGGAGGAAGGCAGGAGCCCCUGUGGCUCCCAGGUCCUCCAGGCCUCGGGCCGCCCCUCGCAAGCGGCCACGUGCUCCCGCGAGCCCCCUGGGCAGCCCCUGCAGCUGCGGCCCCUUGGUGGCCGUGGCCCAGGAGCUGCAGGAUCUGAUGCUGCUGCUCAGGGAUGGCAAUGGGGCAUGCGCGCCGCUCUACUCAGGGAUGUGGCAGGCCUUGUGGAGGGAACUGGCGGAGCUGGUGAAGCGAGGCCACCUGGGCCGCUGUGGCUCGUCCGGCUCCCCAGGAGGCCCCCAUCCCUGUGAGAGGCCUCGCUCCACCACUGCGAGAGCCUCAGCCCUUGCAAGGAUGGCACAGCAGCGGAGACCCGCCAUCCAUGCAGGGGCCUCAGGCUGUCAGAGACCCUCCAUCCUGUCAGCAGCCUCUGCUAUCUCUGACAGCCUCCAUCCCUUGCAGAGGCACAGGGAGACCUGUCAGCCUGUGGAAGGGGCAGAGCCCGGGGACAGGUCUCCCAGCUCCCUUGGACUCACGGGCGCAGCCCUGACUGUUGACGUGGCCAGGGAAAGCCCACAAGUCCAAAUGGGAGCCCAGCCCGAGGCAGGGGAGCCUUGUGAGGAGCAGCUGGUGGAGCAGCAAGCGUCCUGGAGCCAGCAGUUGCCGGCCCACUGCUGCCAGGACGCUGUGCCAGGUGUGGCAGCUGGCAACAGCCCAAGCCUGGAGGUGGAGAUGACCCUCGAGACACCAAGGGGGUUCCUCCAUCUGCAGGAAGCUGCCCCAAGAGAGCCCUCGACCACCACAAAGGGCUCUCUAAUUGCAGUUGCUCCUGGGAUCCCCCUGGGUCAAGCCUCGGGCUGUAGCCCCGGCCGUCCUCAACAGCGGAGUGCAGCCCACGACACCGGGGACAGCGACGGUGCCGCCCUGCUCCACUGCUCAGCGGCUCCUGCAGCCACCUCUGGGCCCUGCCCUGCCCCAGCUGUGCCGCUGGCCAGCCCGACGGCUGCCAGGUGGCGGCUGCUGUCCGGCGCGCAGCAGGAAGCAGGGCAAAAGAAGCAGCUGCAGGAGCUGUACCAGCUGGGCCCGCAGCUGGGUAGCGGCGGCUUCGGCACCGUUUUCUCGGGCAUGCGCCUCUCCGACGGGAGCCCGGUGGCCAUCAAAGGCGUGGCCCGGGAGAGCGUCCUGCAGUGGGACGAGCUGCCCGACGGCACCCGUGUUCCCAUGGAGAUCGUGCUGAUGGAGAAGGUGGGCUCUGGCUUGCACUACGUCAUCCAGCUCCUCGACUGGUUUGAGCUGCCUGACAGCUUCCGUGCUGGUCAUGGAGCGUCCAGUAGGCAUCACAGGGAUCUCCUGCAGUUCCUGCUGGAGCAGGAGCUCCUGUGCGAGGAGAUGGCGCGCUGGCUUUUCUGCCAGGUGCUGGAGGCCGUGCGGCACUGCCCUGCCUGCGGCGUCCUGCACCGUGACAUCAAGCCCGAGAACCUCCUCGUGGACCCGGAGAGUGGCGACCUGAAACUCAUUGACUUCGGUUGCGGCACCUUCCUCCAAGAGCGACCCUUCACACGAUUUGCCGGAACACACGUGUACAGCCCACCCGAGUGGAUCGUCCUUGGCUGCUACUACGGCCAUUCGGCAACCAUCUGGUCCCUGGGUGUGCUGUUGCAUGUCAUGGUCUGCGGGAGCCUCCCAUUCUGGAACGACUGUGACAUCGUGUCGGGGCAGCUCUUCUUUGGGCACCAGGUCUCUCCAGCGUGUGAAGAUCUGAUCCGCUGGUGUUUGGCCAAGCACCCUGCGGACAGGCCGGAGCUGGAGGACAUCUUGUGCCACCCUUGGGUGCGGGGCGGGCAUUUUUGAUGCCUUGCCGGAUCCUCUGCAGCACCCAGUUACCACGUCCCACGCAGGACCCAAAUAAUAAAACAACCACAAACCCAUUGCGGGGUGUCAAGUCUGGUCCUUGUCAGCAGCUUCAGCUAAAGAAACCUCUUGGGAAAAGGGGUAGUCCAAGUGCUCCCUUCAGCCUUCUUCAAGCUUUCGACACCUUUCCUCAAGCAUGGUGCCUUUGUGUCUUCGGGCACGGGCUGUAGUGCAGGUAGGAAGGGCUUUAACAAGCCAAAGAAUGCAACAGUGAAACAACAGCUGUCCUUUCAAGCUGAUGCGGCCACUUGGGUGUCUCCUGAAGUGAAACAAGGGAGGGCUCUGUGUGCAUUCCAAGGGCCAGGAGGUGGCAGGGACAGAGACGUUGCUCUGCUACCAAAGCUGGGAGAAGAACCAGAAGCACCAAAAGGUCAUUUUGCACUGAGCCCUGAUGACCUCUUCCUCUUUCUUUCCCUC